AUUGUUUUUUGUCUCAACCAUUCAAAAAGAGAGAGAAAAGAAAAGGUGGUUCUCUUAAAGCUGGGAGCUUCCAGCCUGUCCAGAUUCUCUUUUCAUUGCUGAAAUUGCCAACCUGGAGACUGCACACCUUUCUUUCUCUGUUUUCAUUUGAUGAAGUUGGGGACUGGCGCAGCCACGCUGGGGCUGAGCAAUGAAACGUGCCUUGGGGUUCGCCGCUGUUUUUGCCUUCGCUUUGCUAGUGCAAAGCACGUGGGGCUUAACGUGCACCUGGAAUGAAUAUCCAUUGGAGAACGUGAAGUGCUGCAAAAAAUGUCCAGCAGGAGAGGAGUUGGCGCAGCGUUGCAAGGCGUCUACGCAAACAACCUGUGAGUUGUGUGAUGAUCAGUACUAUAACGAGCACUACACCGUAUCCCGGUGCAAGCGUUGCACCAUCUGUGACAAAGACAAAGGCCUCCGAGAGAAGGAGUCAUGUAAAAAGACAUCUGAUACAGUCUGUGAAUGCCGCCCCGGCUAUUCUCCAGGCAGGGGAGAGUUCAGUGAAAAGAUAUGUAAACCCUGUCCCAGUGGGCAUUUUUCCAAAGGGGGAGAUGAAGAGUGUCAGCCUUGGAGAAACUGCACUGCAGAAGGCAAAACGUUUCAACUUCCUGGAAGCAAAGAACAGGACGUGAUCUGCUUCGUCAUGUUUUCCUCCAGCCCAGAACGGGGGCGUGGCGUAUCACCUACGACACCCACUCCUGCACACGCUGAUUUGGCCACUCACCCAAAGGGGAUGGGGACAGGUGUAACCAGAGUGCCAGGUGUAACCAGAGUGCCAGGUGUAACCAGAGUGCCAGGUGUAACCAGAGUGCCAGGUGUAACCAGAGCCCCAGGAACCGAGAACCAGAUGCUUGCAUUGGUUAUCUCCGUCAGCGUCGUCCUGCUACUUAUUUCGGGGAGCUUAAUCCAUUUCCUUUUUUGUUGGGAAGCCAAGAAGAUGAAGGCAAGAUCUGAAGUCCUAUCAAGGAUGCCCCUGGAAGACGGAAGAAGCAGUUACCGAAUUCCUAUCCAGGAGGAGCAAGCUGACUGCAAAUCCAGCCUUGUGCAAAACUGAUGUUCGUGGAGAAAAAAAACAGAAUUUUGACUUCUGAGCCAAACAUUUAUACUUUAUGGGCUUCGAGAUUGCCUUCGAGAUGGUUUUCUUUCUCCUGAUUUGACCCUGCUCCUCUUCCCUUUCCUCUCUUGUCCUCCCUAACGGCUCUUGUUCCUUUUAUUCAUACCCAAAAGCAAUGCCAGGAAUCUGUGGCCCUCCAAAUAUUGUUGGUUCAGUUGGCGGCUGGUGGUUCCAUGUCGGUGGAAUCCACUCCAGGUUUUAGUCUGCGCUUUCAUGGAACUGUCCAAAGUGCUGAAACAGGUUUGGCUUGAUCCAGCAAGGGCUCUUCUCAUGUUUUUUAGCCAUGUCUAGCAUUCACUGGGUCUACUCUGAGUAAGAGUAGCUUUGGCUAGAACUCAUAGGCAGUAUGGUCUGUACUCAACUAAGUCCUACUCAAGAGCAGACCCAUUGAAAUGAGUGAGCCUAAGUUAGUCAUAUCCAACAACUUCAGUGGAUCUAGUCUGAGCAGGAUUAGCACUGAGUACCCCUCCCCAUAGUGUGCAAACACAUUGAUUAAUGUUAACCUGUUUCCUUCCAACAUUUUUAGGGGGCCAUAUCUUACUUUUGAGUUGCUUGCUGUAUUUUCAGUCAGUAUUGUACAGAACCACAACAUUACAGGUUUAUUACUAUUAUUUAUUAGAUUUAUAUCCCGGCCUUCCUCCCAGCAGGAGCCCAGGGCAGCAAACAAAAGCACUGAAAACACUUUAAAGCAUCAUAACAUUUUUUCAAAAAAAGCUUUUAAAACAUCUUUAAAAAAAAGGUUUAAAAACAUAUUAAAAAGCAAUUCCAACACAGACGCAGACUGUUCUCAAUCUUGGAUCUGUUUCUCUGUUUUUUAUUUUUCUUUUGUACAGCACCUUGUUAUUUUAGGUGUUUUAUAUAUGCAGCCAGGAAGCAGCGGUUACUCCACCUGCACGUGUGACGUGCAAGAGGAUACUCUGUGCAUUCUCUUGGGAAAGGGCCGUAGCUCAGUGGUAGGACAACUGCUUUGCAUGCAGAAGGUCCCAGGUUCAAUCCGCGGCAUCUCCAGUCAGUACUGGGCAAGAUGGACCAGUGCUCUGAUUCAGUACAAAGUUUCCUAUAUGUAUUUGAGGAGAAGCGUUCAACCUCUUUUAACUAUUUUUUUUUGGGGGGGGGGAGAUAAAACAUGUGAAAGCCAAACAAAUUGCAUGUGGUUUUUUGCACCUCUCGCUCUGUGUAUUCCGAAAUGUUCUGGGUUGUACCCAGUACUCAUCUUACCCAGCGCAGACCCAUUGACAUCCAUGGGCAUGGCUAACGUAGGGCCGUUAAUUCCGAAGGGUCUGCUCUGAGAUGGACUUAGUUGGAGACAACCCAAGUUAUGCAUUAUGAAGUGAUGCAUUUUUAAGCGGAGUGAAUCCCAGCAAUUUUGAGAGUGUUUCUUUUUGGAAACGUUCGCUUCGGUCUCAAAUAGGGAAUUUUAAAAGCACGAAUAUAAGUAAGAGGUGCUUAUUUCUGUUUGUUUGUUUUGGCAUUCUGAAACCAGCCUUGUAAUAACCCUACAAAAGUUACUACCCUGCAGAAAUUUUACUAGCGCCGAAAAGAAGGCUGGAGAGUUUCAUCCCAGAGCAUGGGCAGAGUGCUCUAUCUCCCUGCCCACCAGCCCACUGAGGUCACAUCCACACCAUACAUUUAAAGCACUCUUAUGCAACUUUAACUGUCAUGGCUUCCUCCCCCCCAAAGAAUUCUGGGAACUGUAGUUUGUUGUAGAGCUACAGUUCCCCAAGCCCUUAACAAGCCACACUUCCCAGGAUUCUUUGGCAGAAACCAUAACUGUUACAGUGGCAUGAGUGAUGUAAACGUAUGGUGUGGAUCGGAGCCAACUCAUGAGUUGUACAGGGGCAACCCUGAGACUGAGGAGGAGGAAAGUGACGACCAGGGCCAUGCCCCCUGCCCUCCUCUGGAUUGGUUGUAAGUAAGAAGACAGGCAGGUGUGGGCUGACAGAGUGCAGAAUGCAGUUGGUAGGGCGGUGUCCCUUUCGCCCUAAUGGAAUCGACUCCCUGGCAGAGUCUUAUGGAUGUAAGUGGUUCAUUGAGUAAUGAACUACUUGCAUCCAUAUGACCCUGCCAGAAAUUUGAGAUUAGUUAUAGGGGGCCUGUUCAUACGCCCGCCAGGAAGGGGGAUCAAGCUGGUGGUUAGAAGGGACAGUAGCUUUUCUGUGGUGGCCCCACGAUUAUGCAACUCUCUCCCCUGAGAUAUACAAUCAGGCCUCUCUCCCUGGGAAAAAAAGUUUUCAUUCAGGAUAUUUUUAAUUUGAGGCUCUGGUAGGCCACUGCCUCUUUAAAAAAAAAUGGCCAGCUGUGAUAUAUUUUGAAUGCUGUUUAUUGCUUGAUUAUGAUUGUAAUUAUGUUGUUCAUAUCUUGUAAGGGUCAAUAGUUUUUUAAAGUGUUGUAAACUGCAAUGGAGAGCCAGUGUGGUGUAGUGGUUAAAGUGUUGGACUACGACCUGGGAGACCAGGGUUCGGAUCCCCACACAGCCAUGAAGCUCACUGGGUGACCUUGGGCCAGUCACUGCCUCUCAGCCUCAGAGGAAGGCAAUGGUAAACCCCCUCUGAAUACCACUUACAGUGAAAACCCUAUUCAUAGGGUUGCCGUAAGUCAGGAUUGACUUGAAGGCAGUCAAUUAUAUUAUAUAUAAACUGCAAUGGUAAAAUGCAUCAUUUGGAACAGCAGCGAAUAAAUGUAUUAAAUAAAAUAAUAAAAAUGAAGUUGACAAAAAAAACCUGCAUGUGGGCAGUCCUCAUGCCAAAUUCAGCAUGUUGAAUUUUGAAAAUUCAUUGUAAUUGUUUUUCCAAUUUAUGCACAUUAUGUAGAUAUAGUUCUGGAUUGCUUUUCAUCAGA